AUGUCCAUCGCAGAAUACUUUACACCUGUGUCUGAUGCAUCGGUUACAUUUAACGGUGCUCAUAUUCAGUUGGACUCUGGAUCUGGAUCUGGAUCAAUUGAUCAGACAGAUAGCAAGCAAAAUAUCAUUCCAAAUUUAGAACAAUUAAAUGAUCUUACCUUCCAAGCCAAUGGUGGUGAAAUGGUAUUAGUACUAGGGAAGCCAACUUCUUCUCUUUUCAAAUCAUUAUUUAGUGCCAAGAAAUCUUUAAAUUAUUCACCUUCUGGGUCUAUUCAAUUCAAAGCAAAUGAAUAUAAGAGUUACGCUUCAAAUUGUCCUCAUCAAAUCAUUUAUAAUAACGAACAAGAUAUUCAUUUCCCAUUCUUAACUGUUCAACAGACUUUAGAUUUUGCUUUAAGUUGUAAAUUUAAUGUUCCUGUCGAAGAACGUGUGAAAAUUAGAAACGAACUGUUAAAGGAAUUUGGGUUAUCUCAUGUUCUAGAUACAGUUGUCGGUAACGAUUUCGUUCGUGGUGUUUCUGGUGGUGAACGUAAACGUAUUUCCAUUAUUGAAACUUUUAUCGCUAAUGGUUCUGUAUAUCUAUGGGAUAAUUCUACAAAGGGUUUAGAUUCUUCAACUGCUUUGGAUUUCUUAUCCAUUCUACAAAAAAUGACAAGAGCUACAAAUUCUGUUAAUUUAGUUAAAAUUUCGCAAGCAAGUGAUAAGAUUGUUAGUAAAUUCGAUAAAAUUCUGAUGUUGACUGAUUCUUACCAAAUCUUUUAUGGUACAGUUGACGAAUGUUUAACUUAUUUCCAUGAUACAUUGGGUAUACCUAAGAAUCCAAAUGAUUGUAUCAUUGAAUAUCUUACUUCAAUUUUGAACUUGCAAUUCCAUGAAAAUAAAUCUGUUGACUCAGGUGCUCAAAGAUUAAACACUAUCAGUCGUUCCCUUUCAAACAUUUCUGUCGAUAGUGACUUGAAAGAUAAAAUGAUUUCUACAGAGGUCAAAGAUUUGAAUUUAGAUGUAGAUAAUAUUAGAACAGAAACUGACUUAUAUCAUUUAUGGAUAAAAUCACCAUAUUAUCGCCAUUGGAAAAAUCAAGUUUCGCAAAAUCCUCAAAAUUCAGAUUUAAACAGUGACGAUAUUACCCAAAGAUUUAACAUUUCAUUAACUAAACAAAUCAUGUUCUUAAUAGAAAGAGCUUUCCAAAGAAGUUUGGGUGAUAAGAUAUAUUUAAUUGCUCAAACUAUUUCUGUUAUCAUUCAGUCUUUAGUCAUUGGGUCCCUUUUCUACGAUACUCCAUUAAAUACAAUUGGUUCAUAUUCAAGAGGUUCUUUAACCUUCUUUUCCAUUCUUUUCUUCACGUUCUUAUCGUUAGCUGAAAUGCCGGCUGGGUUCCAAAGACAACCUGUCGUUAGUAAACAAGCAAAACUGCAUUUCUACUAUUUUUGGGUUGAAACAUUAGCUACGACUGUAUUUGAGUAUUUGUUCAAAUUGAUCUUAGUCUUCAUUUUCAGUAUCUUAUUAUAUUUCUUAGCUCAUUUACAAUAUAAUGCUGCUAGAUUUUUUAUUUUCCUACUAUUUUUGGCCCUUUACAAUUUCGCAAUGGUCUCAUUAUUCUCAUUAACCACUAUGUUAGCUCCUACUUUAUCAAUUGCAAAUUUGUUUGCCGGUAUUUUAUUAUUAGCUAUCGCAAUGUAUGCUUCCUACGUUAUUUAUUUACAUGAUAUGCAUCCAUGGUUUGUCUGGAUCGCCUAUUUAAAUCCAGCUAGAUACGCAAUGGAAUCCAUUCUUGCUAAUGAAUUAUACAAUUUAAAAUUAGAUUGUGCUGAUUCAAUUGUACCAAGAGGUCCCGCAUAUUCUUCAAUUGAUGUUUCAAAAAGAGCAUGUGCAUGGAGAGGUGCUACUUUAGGUAAUGAUUAUGUUAGAGGUAGAGAUUACUUGGCUCAAGGUUUAGAUUAUAGUUAUAGCCAUGUUUGGAGAAAUUUUGGUAUCAUCAUUGCUUUCUUAGUUUUCUUCCUAUUCUGUUCUUUGGUUGCGUCACAAUAUAUUAAACCAAAGUUUAACAAGGAAAAUACUGAAGUUUGGAGCAACAUUAUUUAUCGUUAUUUACCAUUUUCAAGGGUUAGUAAGACAAAUGCUCGUUCUCCUACUUCUAACCAUGGUUCAUCUAUUGAAAUGAAGAAAGUCGUUUCUCUUGCUACAUCGAUAGAUUCAUCGACUGACACGAUUGUUCAAAAUUCUGAAUCUAACGAGAAUGGCGAGGUUGUCAUGGAAGCUGUUCAAUCUCAAAAACAUAUUAUUUCAUGGAGGAAUAUAAAUUACACUGUUAAUGGCGACAAGCAAUUGAUCAAUAACGUUUCUGGUUAUAUUAGUUCUGGUUUAACUGCCUUAAUGGGUGAAUCAGGUGCCGGUAAGACUACUUUAUUAAACGUUUUAUCCCAAAGAGUCGAGUCUGGAGUUGUUACAGGUGAAUUAUUAAUUGAUGGUAAACCAUUAACAAAUGAAGAUGCUUUUAAGAGAAGUAUUGGAUUCGUCCAACAACAAGAUUUACAUUUGGAUUUAUUAACGGUCAAAGAAUCAUUAGAAAUUUCAUGUGUUUUAAGAGGUGAUGGUGACACAGCUUACUUAGCAACUAUAUCAGAUUUAUUGAAAUUACCACCAAAUUCCUUGGUAGCCGAUUUAUCUCCAACUGAAAAGAAAUUAUUAUCUAUUGGUGUCGAAUUAGUCACAAAACCAUCAUUAUUAUUGUUUUUAGAUGAACCUACUUCUGGUCUGGAUUCUGAGGCUGCUUUAACAAUUGUCAAGUUCUUAAAGAAACUUUCUCAACAAGGUCAAGCUAUUUUCUGUACCAUCCAUCAACCAAGUAAGAGUGUUAUUAGUUAUUUCGACAACGUCUUCUUGUUAAAGCGUGGUGGUGAAAGUGUUUUCUUUGGUCCAACUACUGAAGCUUGUAAUUAUUUUACUUCAAGAGAUGACACUUUAACAUUUGAUCCAGAAUAUGAUAAUCCAGCUGAUUUCAUUAUUGAUGUUGUUGGUAACAAUGAAAAUAAAAAUCCAGAUGAACAUGGUGACUUGAAGAGGACAACUAAUUGGGCAGAACUUUGGGAAAAUUCAGAUGAAAAACGAGGUAUCGAAAAUAGACUCCAAGUUCUAGAACAAGAUGCCUUAGCUGAAAAUAUUGAUUAUACUACCUCUGUUUGGGCUCAGCCAAGCUAUUGGUACCAAUUGAUGACUAUUGUUAAGAGACAAUAUAUUUGUACUAAAAGAGAUAAAACUUACGUUGCAGCUAAAUUCUUAUUGAACGGUGGUGCCGGUUUAUUUAUUGGGUUUUCUUUCUGGGAUAUUAAGAAGAGUUUAGGUGGUUUACAAGAUUGUAUCUUCUUUUGUUUCAUGGCUCUUUGUGUUUCUUCUCCGUUGAUUAAUCAAGUUCAAGACAAAGCUUUGAAGUCUAAAGAGGUUUUUGUUGCUAGAGAGGCAAGAUCCAACACAUAUCAUUGGUCUAUUCUUUUGUUGGCUCAAACUAUCAUCGAACUACCUUUAGCCAUUACAAGUUCUACUGUGUUCUUUUUCUGUGCUUAUUUCUGUUGUAAAUUCGAUAAUUCACCUCAUAUUGCUGGUGUCUUCUAUUUGAAUUACAUUGUCUUUUCUGCAUAUUAUUCUAGUUUUGGUUUAUGGUUAAUCUAUACUGCGCCAAAUUUGCAAACUGCUGCUGUUUUCGUUGCUUUCUUCUAUAGUUUUACAGCUUCUUUUUGUGGUGUCAUGCAACCCUAUGGUAUGUUCCCAGGCUUUUGGAAGUUCAUGUACAGAGUAUCACCUUACACUUACUUCAUUGAUACUUUUGUUAGUUUAGUUUUACAUGAUAGAGAAGUCGUCUGUGAAAAUAUGGAAUUAAUUCCUGGUCAACCACCAUCCGGUCAAAAUUGUGGUCAAUUCAUGGCUCCUUAUAUGGCUGAAUAUGGUGGAUACUUAAAAAAUCCAAACACAUUUACUGUUUGCGGUUUUUGUACAUAUACUGUUGGUGAUGAUUUCCUAGCGGUAGAAAACAUGAGUUAUGACAAUAGGUGGAGAAAUUUCGGUAUCGAAUGUGCCUUUGUAGCAUUUAAUAUCAUUGCUAUGUUUAUUGGUUACUAUAUGACUUACGUUAGCAAAGUUUGGCCAAAAGUCUUCAAAGUUGUUCGUAUGAUUGUACCAAACGGUAAAAGGCUAAAGAAGGUUUCAAAUGAUUCUAAAUAA